CGUCGACACAGCGCCGCUUUCUCUGCGGCGGCCGGAGAGGUACUCUGGGGAAGUAGGUUCGUCCUGCUGGGUUCCUGGCCGACCCACUUCUGUCGGCUCCGAGGCGGGAAGCGCCUUUUCCACAGGAUAUCAAUGCAAGCCUGAAUAAGAAAAAGAAUUUCUCCCUCCUAAGCCAUGGCAUAUCAGUUGUACAGAAAUACCACUUUGGGAAACAGUCUUCAGGAGAGCCUCGAUGAGCUUAUACAGUCUCAACAGAUUACCCCCCAACUUGCCCUUCAAGUUCUACUUCAGUUUGAUAAGGCUAUAAAUUCAGCGUUGGCACAGAGGGUCAGGAACAGAGUCAAUUUCAGGGGCUCUCUAAAUACAUACAGAUUCUGCGAUAAUGUGUGGACUUUUGUAUUGAAUGAUGUUGAAUUCAGAGAGGUGACAGAACUUAUUAAAGUGGAUAAAGUGAAAAUUGUAGCCUGUGAUGGUAAAAAUACUGGCUCCAAUACUACAGAAUGAAUAGGAAAAAAAUGGCUUUUUAAUGCCAUCCUGUUAUUGUUCAUCAGUUUUUGAAGAGAAGCAUAGAAGAGACUUUUUUUUAAAUUUAUUCUAGCAUUGCAGAAAUGACUACACUGUGCCAUACUAUCAGAGAAUUCCACUAGAAAGAAGCUUAUAAUUCUGUACCUUCUUACAUUACCUUAUUAUACAGCAUGAAGAAACAGAACUUUUUUUUAACAACAAAUCAAACAUUGUGGCCUUCCUAGGACCAUUCUUUAAUAAAUUCAUUUUAAAACUCAAUGUGAGUAAUAACUGCUAGAGCUGCUAAGCUAGCAAUAUGGAGAUAGAUAUUAGAUAAGCAUUUUGAAAGAGCACUGUGUUCCUUGCAAAGGAAAUUAGAAAAAUGCAUUCAUUUCAGUAAAGUUAGUUUUUAUCAAUUGUUUGUUAGUUUAGCUGAUGAAAGCAUUAGCAGGGGGCAAGACCAAAAUUCCAGACUAGAACUUUCCUUACAAAAAUCAUUUUUUUAAAAGUACAAAACCAAGGGUAAUUAUUGGUGUGAAAAAUCUAAGUACAACUCAACUAGGAAAAAUUAAACAACAAAAUGUAGUCUUUACAUGUAAAUUUCUUAAAUUGUCCAUAUCAGUCAGGUUUCAUUUUUAGAAUAUUCUACAUCUUACCAGUUAUUAGACUUUCAAUAAAAAGUCCUAUUAAAUGUAGCCCAUAUCUUUGUGUACUUGAAGGAAAAAGUUUUGUCAAUCUAGGAAUAUAUGAUGAAGAAAGUGGCAUUUCUAAAAUGUCACAGAGGGAGAAUGUUUAUCAUGUAGUAGAAGUAGGCUUUUACAGCCCCAUCCUGUGGUCAUUCCCAAUUCAACCCUUUUCAAUGUGAAGCUGUCCUUUCACUCUCACUCUGCUGAGAGAUAAUUAAUAGAGUUAGCAGUAAUCAUCAGCAAAAUAGCUUUUCAUAAACCUAUUAAAGUACUAAAAAAGAUCUUUAUAUUGUGCACUGUCCCCCUAUUUUUUUAGCUGUAGAAGCAUGUUAUAUAAUAGGUUUCAUCAUUUUUUAAGUAAUCAGUGCUCAGGUCUGAUCUAUGUAAGAUAAUGGCCAACAUCACUAACUUCAUUAUCAGUGCUGUUUGUGUUACAUAUAUUCUUCUAGAUAAUCCUCACAACAGCCCUGGAAGAACUGUGUUCCCCUUUUACAGAUUUAGAAGCUUAAUUACCAAAGGUUACAUAAUUAGGAUUUUUCUUAAUUGCAAUGAGUCAAGAUCAAUACCUUUUUAUUUUGGAGGUUCAACAUAAUGGUUGGUUAGCAGACAGGUUAUGUUGAUAGUAAACUUACAAUGGUUGUAGAAAUUUCUGUUUCUUGAGUAAAUUAUUGUUUAAACUUUUUUCAUGUUAUUAACAGUCACUGAGAUCUUAAGAAAAGUAUAGGGCUGGAGGUGUAUACUUUGGGGGAUUUUAAAUCCUAUAAAUGAUGUCACUAGAUUGUGCUUUCAAACAUACAAAAGUAACAUUGACCUAGAUGAGUUUCUUUCUUACAGGAAAUGGUUGACUGCCAUGACCUACUAAUUGGAGUAAUGCCUUCGCACUCCUAGUAUUACCUCAGCACAUCAGUGUAGUCCUUGAUUUCUUAGAUUAAAACUAACUUUCAUCCCUGCAGCCCAUUCUGCAUAAUCUAUUCCAGUGUUCUCUUCCUGACCUUCCCUACUAAUGAGCACAUAGUCUGCUCCAGUUAAAUUUGAGAAGGAAACAAGCCAGAUCUCAGAUUUCUCUUUUGUCUUGGUUAUGCUGUUUCCUUCAUUUCUCAUGACUUUCCUUUCAGAAUCAAAAUCCUAUCCAUCAUUCAAAACUUAAACCCACUUGUAUCUGAGUACAACCCAUAUUGAGCUCUUCCCUUGUGAGCUCUUAACAAAGGAGUCAUGAGAAAACACAACAAAGGACAGGAAGAACUUACAUCACUCUCAGUACUCACUCAUACUCAUCCAGGUAACUGGUGUGGAAUACCUAGGGUUUAUAGUGUACCUAGGUGUAAACCCUAGGGAUUAUACCACAUUCCACCAGUUGAAACCAACUCUUGUACUUAGGACAGCCACCACAUACACACCUCUCUUUUCGCCUGGGCAGGAGUACAGAAAUCAUAGCCUGACAUAUCCUCCUCUCAGUUCUAAUUACUUGCAUACACAUGGCUAACAUUUGCAUAGUGAUAUAGGUGUUCUAAUCUUCCCACAGCAGUACUCGGACUUCACUGGAAAUUACAGAAGAGACACGGCCAGAGCUUACGGCCAAAGGUUUCCACUUUGGUGUAAGCUCUCCCACCUGGCCACAGGCUCCAGUGAUAAUAAGCUUACUUGCUUGUUAAUGUGGAAGAAGAAAAAAAGUCCAUUAAUUCAUCUAUUAGUAGGACUAAACAUAAAAUCUGGGCUUUGUGUGGUAACGUACAGUUGGUCCUGUCUCAAUGUAUUACUGAGUACUACUUUAACACCCAAAUAGUGGACAAAGAAUAGCUUCUUUGGGUUUAAUGCCUGACUGGUCAUUGUUUGGUUUGUUUAUAGUGAUCUGUCUUCAGCUGAUGUUAAGGGGAAAAAAAGUAUUUUAUCUCUUGGUAGACAUCAAUCCCAGUGUCAUAAGGUAUGUUAU